AUGGUGCCACGGUGCCAGGUUGAAUGUAUUUUGCAAAAAAGUGCUGAAAUAGUAGGAAUUCGCUCAGAGACCAUUUCUGGGUCACAAGAAAUAAAAGCGUUACAGCUGUGGAAUGAGACAGAAGCGCGCCAUCCUAGUUUGGCUGAUGUCAGAAAUCAGGUGAUACAUGCUGUUUGUCAAGAAUACAUCGAGCUUGGAGAUCAGCUUCUCCUGUUUCAAUCAGGAGACAAAAUUGCCAUUAUUUCCCCCAAUAGUGGAGGAUAG